AUGACGGCUCGUUGUUUCGACCACCGCGCCAUCAAUUUCGUGGCGACGCGGUGGAUUCUUGCUGACCCCACCUUCUCCCUCCAUCUCUUGCUUCCCCCCUCCCACAGCCAGGGUCUUGUUGCCAUGGAAGGCCAGCAGGCUGACGAGGACACGCCUCAGGCUGGCUCAGAUGAGCCACCGUUACCGCCGAAAGCCACAGAGCCACGCUCGGGGCUUGAUUUUCUUAGAGGUUCCGCUGCUCCAGUAACACCGGAUCCACCUAGGUAUACCGUAGAUGAUUCUGCAGUUAAAGACACGCCCACGGCCACACCUGAAGAGUCUCCCCAGGAGGCCGCCUUCACUAUACCCCCGGCUGUUGCUUCUUGCAGCAAAGAUCCCCAACCAACCGCGCCAAGUCCCACACCAAGCACCGUGCGGGUGUCCGUUGGUCCUCCGUCGGCUACCUCCACACCGAAGAGAGCGCGUUCAAGGAAGUGGGCGCAGCAUACCCUGCUCGUCGGAGGCCGCCGACUUUCUGCUUCGAACACUCCGGCUGAUCCACCACCUGCUGCAUCUGCACCGCCAGAGGAAGAUGUGUUCCCGAUCCGCGCGGACACCGGCUCGCCCGCCCUCACCAAGGCGCAGCUGCAGGAGCAGAUGUUCCUGGAGGCCAGCAUCAUGUACGAUACGAGGUGGUCGGGACAGUUCUCCUGGCUUGUGUUCGGAAAAACCAAGGAUGGGUUUCCCUAUGUGAAGUGCAGUGUCUGCAUGGCCUACGGGAAGGAGAACACGAGGUACGCGAGGCAGGGUGAUGACGGAGGCCGUGACAUGCAGACGCAGGCGUUUCGCGCACACGAGCACACGGACGUGCACAAAGUGGCUGUUGACCGGCAGCUGAAGAUUGCGAGAGGCGUCCGCGAGGGGCAGCAAGUGAUUUCGAACUUCAUCAACUCGGACGUCGAGGGCAGGCGCGCCGUCCGACUGUUGCGGGAGGCGUUGGCUGUUAAGGACGCGGCGACGUCCAACCCCGACCUCAGCAUGGUGGACAAGGUGGUGCGCACCGUGGCGGCAAAACUAGGAGAUUCUUCAGUCUGGAGCCAACGGUUCAAGUACCUGCAGCGUGUGAUCUACAACACUAACCUCGAAGUCCAGGGGAUCCACACGGUUCGCUGGCUCUCACGUGGAGAUGCGGUGCGACGGCUGUGCAAGGUGCUCGGUGCGUGUAUCGUUCUUCUCUGGGAGCGGAGUCACAAGGUGUACGAGAUCGUCACGUGCUACAAGUUCCAGUUUUGCCUGUUCUUCCUCGCCGACAUCCUCGCCGACAUGAACGACCUCAACCGCUGUUUCCAGAAGCGAGAUAUUGAUGUGACGGAGAUUGCGAAGACCAUCGAGGCCACCACGGCGGAUCUGACUGAGCGGUAUUUGGAUACCGACAAGCAGUUCGGUGGCGAGGGCAAGUGCUGGCUGGUCGGCUUUCUGAAGCUGCACGGGCAUGGUGGAGGCAAGAAGGUCCGUGUGAGAGGCGUGGACGGGGAGGGACGCCCAGUGAACCAUCUGUACACCAUGCACGAGCGGAAGCUCCCGGGGCACAAGGUGGGGAGCAGAUACGAGGAGUGCGUGAAGCUGUGCCGCAGUUUCGCCCGCGAUUGCGUGGACAAUCUCAACGAGCGGCUUAAUGACCUGGGGAAGCUGGGGCCGACGAAGCUGUUUCGGGCCGGAAUGUGGCCGAAGAUCAAGGCACAACGGGAGAAGAAGUGCCGUGAGUGGCUUCUGGGAUGCAGCAAACUCUUCCGCCACAAGCUGCCGGGAUUCGACCUCAAGGCCGCAGAGAGGGAGCUUCCCACAUUCUGUGCGAUCAUGGAGGCGCACCACGAGCUGGAAUGCUUCACGCAGGGACUGACCAACAUUCUCGGGAGCGCGGACUCGAAGAGGUAUGUCCCCGUAGUGUGA